UAGCACCCGCGGCGGAGCAGAGACAUGGAUCAGACGGCGUCGGCGGCCAUGUCCUGUUGCGACGACGCGUCGACCAGCGAAGAUCAGCAGCUGGCGUGCCGUCAAGCUUCGAGGCGGCGUCCGCGUGAACGCGUCCGGUGCGCGCCGGCGCCGGCGCCGCUGGCCGACGUGGUCCGGGAGCACGCGCUGCUGCACCUGACGCCCGCCGCGGCCGCGCGCCUCCGCCUCGUGCACCCGGCCUGGGCGCGCCGCCUGGCCUCCCCGCUCUUCGCCGUGGCGCACGCGGCCACGCCCCGCCGCAUGUCGGGGCUCUUCGUCCCCACCUCCGGCUUCCUCCCCUUCGACUCCUCCGACGCCGUGCCGUCUCGGACGCUCGCCUUCGCGCCGGCCUCGCCGGGCAGCAUCACCGUGCUCUCCUCCUCGCACGGGCUGGCCUGCUGCUUCUCCCCCGCCGACGACGCCUACUUCCUCUGCAACCCUGCCACGGCGUCCUGGGCGCCCGUCCCGUGCCCUCCAUGCCGACCUACCUGGCCGCGCCCGGCCAUGGUCGUCCUCUUCGAUGCGAGCCCCUACAACUUCCGCGGCGACUACGCGCUCGUCUGCGCCGCGGAGGUCGCGCCGGGCUCCGGCGCCUACUGCUUCAAGGUGUUCACGUCGGGCACCGGCGCGUGGCGUGUCGCUGCCGGGGACGACGCGAUCGUCCCUGCCGAGGGGCUCGUGGCCGCGUCGGGCGUGGCAACCGGCGCCGGCGGGAUGAAGACCGCGUGGUGGCGGACGAGCGUCGGCACCGCGGUCGGGUACUCCCCCGCGACGGGGCGCGUCGAGAUCGUGCUGUGCCCCGGCGACAGCGGCAUGUGGGAGAUCGGGUCGGCGGGGGGAAAGCUCCAUUGCGCCGUGCGAGAUGGCAGCGACGUCGCCGUGUUCCGGCUGAUUGGUGAGCACGGGAGCUGCAGCUGGGAGGAGGUCACGCGGGUGUCCGUGACAGAGCUGCUGCCGUCUCGUCAGGUCAAGCUUUCUGAGUCUGAGGGGAGCGGGGAUGAUUGUGAGCUGGAGAGUGCUUCUGUUGCCGUCGUGGAGGAGAAGGAAGUGCGGAGGCUGGACGACGACGGCGUGCGGCUCCUGGGGUUCCAGGGCGGCGCGGCGUGGCCGGAGGUGGUGGUGCUGGCCGGCAGGCGGCUGGUGGCGUUCGACACCCGGACGCGGCGAAGGCGCGAGGUCACCGUGCCGGAUCCAGAGGAGGAGGAGGAGCAGGAUGAGGAACAGCAACGAUGGGAUGGCGCGGAGUACGCCGUGCACACCAACACGCUCGCGCUGGUGGCGCCCGCCGUGCUUGCCGGCGAACCGAUGCUCGUGGAUGAGUCGUUGUCGGCACCGCCGGACGAGGCAGAGUUCGUCGCGUUUUCUUGACUGAACUGUGUUUGGGACUUUGGGCUGCAGUCGUGCAAAAGAAUAUGGCUGACACUGAAAUAAUCAAGCGCGUAGAACUACGAAAUUAAUUUUUCGGGUGAGAAUCUCUGAACGCUGUGUUUGGAGUACAUUAUUAGUUUGAACUUUACUUCGUGUUUGUGCAUGUUCUUAGUGAUUGGGUUACGUUUGGCGAAUUUGGAAAGCACAGAGCUUGCCACAUGCCAAAUUGCCAAGGGCCAUACUUCUCGCAGUCAGCUUAGAGCCAAUCGGAUAAAUGGAUAAUCAAUGUCAGAUUUCCUCGAAUCGUCAAAUUUGGUGGCGAAGUUGAAAUUAUUAAUAUCUACUCCCUCUAUUCGACAAAUAUUUAGAAACGGAGGAAGUACUAAAUAAUACACGUGCAACUAUGUAGCGAUUAUCUAUGUGGGCAUGGCUUAUAGAGACCGCAAAGUUUCACGGU